AUGUACCAGGUAGAAGUUUUCGGUUGUCACAAACGGCGACAACUUUCGUCGACCUUAGCUUCUCUUCCGAUCAUCACGUCGACUGCUUCCAGUUCGUCGAAAACUUCCAAUCUCUCCUUAAAUCGACGGCGACAAAUUUUGGUUCGUCGACAUCUUCUGCAAAGACUGGAACACCCUCUAAAACCGUCUGUUCUUUCUAAAAUUCUUGUUCUUUCUGCAACAUCAGGUAGGGCAGAAGGGUAUUUGAUUCGGGUAAUUUCUUGACCAAAAUCUUUAAUUGUUUUGUGUAUGAAACCAUAUGCCCACCAAGUGUUCGAUCAAUUGCCUGAGUGAAGGAUGAAGGUGGUUUGGUUCUAGUUCUCGGUUGUUUAUGGUGAGACAGUGGUGGAGUGUGAUGGUACAGAACAUAUGCAAAUAGGAAGGUGGUCAAUGGACGUGUUUGGAGGUUGGAGCAAAAACGAAUGGAGUAGGUGGUGGUAUUUGGCUGUAUGUAUAUAUAGUAAAAACAUAGAUUGGUUUGCAGCUCUAUUGAUCUCUCAAGCACCACAGCAGAUGUUUUAAGCAGUGAGUUAUGUAAAAGGCUUAAAGGGUUUCUUGCAUCAUGGUCUCCUUGAAGUCCCCAACCUCAUGUCAAUGAACUUCUUAUAG